AGUGGGUUGGGUUCCCCAUCCAUGUGUUUUUGUGUCAAGACAUUUUGAUUGACGGUUUUGAAUACAACCGUGCUGCCGUCAGUGCACCAAGCGCCUCCGCCUAUUACGGACCAAGCCAGCCGACCCGACCCGACCUGCCAAAGAGCACGAGAGACAUUCCCAUUCACAAAACCAUUGAUCGUCAUUAGCGCGCGACUGGGUCCCCCGAUACAAUGGUUUCCGACUAGCUGGACCACCGACCGAUCCCAAAGCAAACCCCACGCAACAUGGUCCAGCCCGCCAAUACCGCUGGGGCGCCGCAGUCCCUCUUCGGGGGCGGAGCGCCGACCGCGCCAACCCCCGGAACCCCACAGGGAGCCUCUAUCGGCGCCGGCGCCAGCCCCAGCCCAGGUCCAGGCGCAGGCAUCGGUACAUUGACAGCAUCGUCGACUCCCUCGCUGCUUAGCCAGACCAGCGCUCCAGGCUCGGCCACGUCGUCCAACAACACUUUUGUAAUGACCAACUCGCCCGUCAAGAGUCGUGGUAUACCUGACGGAUACAGGCCCAAAGUGACACGAACUCUGGGUAACAGGCCGGCCUGUUUGGUUAACGCCUCGGUGACAUAUUGCGGCAACAACCAAAUUUAUGCCUUUGGCGGCUUCGAUCAGUACACCGAUGAGGUCUACAAUCAUGUCUUGAGGCUGGAUCUCGUGAGCCUUCAGUGGUCCCUUGUUGACAACUAUGGCGACAUCCCCGGCGUUCGUAUGGGACAUACUGCUACACUCUACAAGGGUGACAGGUUACUGGUAUUUGGAGGCGAAAACGAGCACCGUACAUACCUUUCAGAUCUGAUAAUAUUCGACUUGAAGACGGCUCACUGGACACAACCUCAAUGCAGCGGUCCCAUACCCCGAGGUCGCGCCAGGCAUGCCGCCAUUCUACACGAGGACAAGCUUUUCAUUGUUGGUGGCAUCACUGGUCACGAUAAUCACGUGUUGGACGAUGUUUGCUUCCUAGACCUCAAAACCUUUACGUGGUCGAGAUCGUGGCGGUUUGUUUCACGAUUCGACCACAGCGCAUCGAUAUGGAAUGAUAGAGUUUGGGUUUAUGGUGGACUGAGCGAGGAGAUGAACAGGACCAGCGAACUCUGGUGGCUUGAUCUCAAGGGAAGCCCUGCUUUCGAAACGCCGCCUCAAGUCGGCACAUAUGACAGAGCCUCGCUGGCCAGUCGAGUCAGCCACUCUGCCCGGCCAGCAUCCUACUCCCCACUGGUGCAGUCCCCGAUAGUUGGGACCUCGGGCUAUGCUGCCAAUUCUAGGACAGCACAAGUCAACCCUCCUUCGUUCCAGCUCAAGUCCUUUGCUCCGAUAGCCCCCGGCACAAUCUCAUCGAUCAAAUUCCAUUCAGGGCCUAUUGUUCCCGAACAAGGCACCGGCUACCAUUUCCACGUCUACUCUUCUGGAACCCUGCUUGACUUUUUGACUCCAACCACAUCAUCAUCAUCCAAGGAUUGCUCGCUCUCAGCGCUGGAUCUGAAUUCCUUACGGUGGCAAAAGCUUGCGGAGGGUAGAGAGAUCUUCAAGAGCGGCUAUCGUUGGCACUACUGUACCCUCAGCGAAGAUGGCACAAAGGCCUGGCUUUUGGGAUGCCCGUCUGAGCAGAGUGCUCUCGAUCUGGGUGCAAAUGGUCUCGAAGAGUACCUGAGUGACAUUAUGGAAGUUGAUCUGCGCCGGUACGGAUUCCUGGGCAACAACAUGGCCCCCGAGCCGCGGGCUGAGUUACUACGCCCCUCAUCGAGGAUCCGUAUCGUUGAGCAGCCGUCAAGAGGUCUUGGCGCAGAUUUGGCCACUUUAUUCAACGUUCCCCCGGAGGCCGGAAGUGGCACUGAUUUUGUGGUCACGGCCCUUGCCGACGACUGUGAAGAUGAGAGUAUGGUUGGAUCCGCACUGGUGCAGCCUAGCGAUUCCUCAUCGGUCGGUGGUGCAGACUCAUGGCUCUCGCCUGACGCUCCAACAUCAUCGCCCAUAUAUGUGCACCGGCUCAUUCUACAAGCCCGCUGGCCGCACUUUCGCCGACUCUGGGCCUCACAGAUGGCUGAAUUUCAUACUCGCAAAAUGCACAUCCCUGAGCCAUACAGCGUGGUGAAAGCCUUCCUUUACUACCUUUACACCGACCGGAUAGAUCCUUCGAUUGAAGAUGAGGGGGCUGAUUCAGGAACGACUACCGACCUGUCCGACAUUGCCGGGUUGCUGGUCAUGAGCAACAUAUACGGCAUCCCGCACCUGCGGCUGUUGUGCGUCAACCGGCUUGCCAAAGAGUUGGAUGUUGACCAUGCGUGUAUCAUCUGGUACCGCGCUGGACUGGCCGACGAAGAGUGGCUCCGCAAGCGCGCUGCAGCUUACUGCCUGACUCAUUGGGGCAGGAUUGUGCGGACCUCGGGCUUCCUGCGGCUUCCGAGGAGCGCUUUGGUUGAGCUGUCGCAAGAGAUCGACAUGGAGGGCCGCGUGAUCGGAGGCGAGGAACUGGACAUGUUUGUCGGCUCCACCAUGGCCACUGAUAGCUCCGGGGCUUUGGCGAGGCGCAAGGAGAGUAUGAGCAGUCAGCCGAGUCAAAUGAUCGAGUCGGAGGUGGACGACGACGAUGGAAUGGAGCUCAACUAGGGCGACAACAACACUGCAAACUAUGAGAAAGCCCUACUCGUUCUAUCGGAGGACUCCUUCCUAUUCAAUCUGCUCAUUUCAUCAGCUCCAGAUAUUCGAAUACGAAAAGCUCGACCAAGACCAAAUUCAAGACCUAGAAUCCUGCUUGGUGGCUUCAUCGAGACUUUCCUCAGGGUUCAUCAGGAGCUUGGUAUCCCAGGGCAUGACGACGCAAUGAUGAGCCUUCACGGUUGGCUUUCGAAUUUACUUUUUUCCGGCGGAGCCAUUCUCACUUUUUCUGUCUUGAAUUUUUUACAGUGUUCAUAUUUGUUCUUUGCAAUUCAUUUAUAUCUCGUGUCAUGAUUUAUUGCCGGCAUCAUGUCUUGCAUUACAUACCGGAGUUUGUGUCGUUUCAAUUUCUCUUCUUUUCUUUUCUUUUCUUUUCUUUCUGUCUUGCUGUCACUAGGGAGCUUGGUUUGGCUGGACGGGGGCGUUUGUUCAAUGAUACAUGAUCUUUACACGGACUAAAUGCUAUUUCCUCUUUUGCCAAAUCGAAUAGUGCCACUGUAAAAAUUUAUCACAAAGUAUCAAUCAUAACCACGAAGCAAAAGGA